AAUACACCCUUCUUCACUAAAUCCUCGCAAUAAUCGUAAAAAUCCUCUUCUGUCCCCUCUGUUUUUGCUUUCAUAACAAUGGCUCUUAAAGCUGUUCACGUCUCCGACGUACCAAACCUCGACCAAGUCCCAGAAAACGCUUCCCUUUCUCUUUACUCAACCCGUCUUUCCAAAGGGUUGGAAUUUAACAGAGCAGCAUCGUUUAGGAUACCCAAGUUUUUGGUGAUAGGGCAUAGAGGGCAUGGCAUGAACGUUUUACAGAGCUCUGAUUCAAGAAUGAAAGCCAUUAAAGAAAACUCCAUUCUCUCCUUCAACUCUGCUGCUAAAUUUCCGAUUGACUUAAUUGAAUUUGACGUUCAGGUGACAAAAGAUGACUGCCCCGUCAUUUUCCAUGACGAUGUUAUACUCUCCGAAGAAAAUGGUACUGUUUUUGAGAAGAGAGUCACAGAAUUGUGUUUAGCAGAAUUUCUUUCCUAUGGACCCCAGAGAGACUCAGGGAAAGAGGGGAGAUGUUUAUUGAGGAAAACAAGAGAUGGGAGAAUUGUUAAGUGGAAUGUUGAAACUGAUGAUUCACUUUGCACAUUGGAAGACGCGUUCCAGAAAGUUGAGCCUUCUUUAGGUUUCAAUAUUGAGUUGAAAUUUGAUGACAAUAUUGUUUAUCGGCAAGACCAUCUCAUCCAUGUUCUCCAAGUCAUCUUGCAGGUGGUGUCUGAGUUUGCUAAAGAUCGGCCCAUAAUCUUCUCUAGCUUUCAGCCUGAUGCUGCUCAACUUGUUAGGAAGUUGCAGAACAAUUACCCUGUUUUCUUCUUAACAAAUGGUGGGACCGAACUUUACUAUGAUGUUAGGAGGAAUUCCCUGGAGGAGGCCAUAAAGGUCUGCUUGGAAGGAGGUUUACAAGGAAUUGUCUCAGAGAUCAAAGGUGUGUUCAGAAAUCCAGGAGCAGUGCCUAAGAUCAAAGAGUCUAAGCUCUCUCUCCUGACAUAUGGCAAACUGAACAAUGUGCCUGAGCCUGUUUACAUGCAACAUUUAAUGGGAAUUGAUGGAGUGAUAGUUGAUUUUGUUCAAGAGAUCUCACUGGCUGUGGGCGACAUGAUUAAGCCUGCCAUGUCUGUUACUGCAGAGGAUAGUUUAAGGGAACGGAAGGGGGAGACAGAAUCAAAGUCAAAGCUUCAGUUCUCGCAGCAGGAGCUCUCGUUUCUCUUAAAGCUAAUUCCGGAGUUGAUACAGCACUAAUACUUGAGCAAACUUUCAAAUUUUCUUUUGGGGAUGUAACCCUAUUACAAGGUUGUAGAUAAAAUUACCAUGUGGAAAAUCUUUCAUACUAUCACUUUUCACUCUCUGAAGUCUGAACCGAUGGUUUAGCAAUUGGCCACAUGUUUUGAUGCAUAGUAAAUUUUAUUAGUGAAAAAAAUGAACAAUGUGUCUUUUUAUUCUUUUC